ACGAAUCCACCCCUGCUGCCAAUUCGGCCCCCAGCUCCUCCAGGCCGACGGCAAUCAGCUCUUUGUGUGAUUAUGAUCGAGGCUGUGUUCGUGAUGUGCUGGCGAAGGACGAACGACGCACCCGAGCAAUGAAUUCGGGCGUUUCGCGGGCGCUGUCUUUGGGAUUGACUCGCCGGGCGGUGUGCGAAGUCGUAGUGGCUAUGGUGCAAGUUUCCAUCAGCUGAGUGUCGGUUGAUCCUCCGAGGGGAUGAGAGCCUGCUGACGCGCGGAGAUGGAUGUUCUCAGGUGCAAUUCGCCUGCAAUUGGCUGUCCCUCGCCGGUCUCCUGUUCUUUUCUUUCCGCUGAUGACUGUCCGCGGAGUUCUCGCGCUUCUGGGGGAAUGCAGCAGCAUUUGGCAAGCCGGUUCUCGGCUUGUGGUGUAAGUGUUGGAGGGCGCCAGUCGGGUGCUUCGCGGUCGAAUUUUCGUAUUUUAGAUGGUAGGGUAUUAACUUGUCGUAGCUCCUUCCAAGCUCCGAAAUUUUCUGAUUUUUCGACCUCGGUUCAAACUCCAUCCGGAGAAAAAGAGAAGGCCGGUUCCGAGAAUUUAUCAGCGAAAGAGAGGAGGAAGCUGAGGAAUGAGAGAAGAGAGGAAUUGAAGGCCACGAAAGAGCCAUGGAAGGAGAUGGUCGAGAACAAGUGGCUUUCCAAGCCGAAGAAGGCCAAAGGUUGGGAGGCGGACGCAGAUGUUAACCAGCUGAAAGUGAAGGGUAUGCAGUGGUGGAUGAUUCAAACCACAAGAAAGUACGAAAACCAAGUGGCAGAACAAUUAGAAAUCGUUUUCGCCGAGGCUUUUCCUGACAGGGAAUUUGAGGUACUUGUGCCCACUCUGCCUACGAAAAUCAAGCUGAAAGAUGGAACUGUCUCUGAUGCAAGAAGAAAAAUCUUCCAGGGUAUUGUACUCCUUCGUUGUGUCUUCGACAGGGACGUCUACGACCUUGUGAGGCGAAUACCAAGAGCAUACGAUUUCUUUGGCAAUUUGGCUGGCGUAAGCUAUCAACCGAUGAUCAUGCCCGCUCCUGUGUCGCACAUAAACAUGGAAAACAUGUUCAGGCAAAUUAAGGAGGAAGAGGAGGACUUUCUGCUAUUCAAGGAACAAUGCAGGAAAGAGCUGGAGGAAGAAAACAGACUGACCUUGGAGAAAGAGAGACUGGCCUUGGAGAAAGAGAUUCUGGACGCUGAAGCCCUUCAGCUAGAAAUAGGGGCCACAAUACGCGUAUUGUCUGGCCCUUUCACGGAGUUCACAGGCAUCGUCAUCGAACUUCUCCCUGACGUUGAAAAGGUAAAAGCACUCGUGACAGUUUUUGGAAAGGACACUCCCAUAGUCCUCGACGUGGAACAAGUUGAGGUUCAAGCGGCAGCCCUCAAGUAGGAGCAUAAUUACGUAUCUGUCCAAUUUCUGGGUCUAUACAAAUUGAGUACAGAAACAGUUAGUUAUUUUCUAGAGCCAGUUUGCAGCGGUAGAAGAUGUAACAAUUUCAUCCAUAUAGACUCAUAUACGGCAGAAGCUUCUCUUUGCUCCCCAUUCAUGGUGUGACAGGAUAUCUGUUGAAAUAGAUUCUAUUUCAGAGUUCUACAGUCGAUGGCAAGAGUAGUGUGUGGUAUCACACAGAGGUUGGGAUAGUUAAAGCACAAUGUCUGGCAAUUUUUUCCUGUGCUACGCAUUUUAGAGUUUAUAUUAAAAAAUGUCUUUCAGUUUUCA